AUGGCGAGCAUGAAUUUGAAUUUGAUAAUUGUUGUAGCGCUAACUACAAUGGUGUUUCUGUGUGAUGGACGACUGGUUAGUAAUUUCUACAGGCAUAGCUGCCCAUCUGCGGAGGUCAUAGUGAAGACAGUUGUGGAGAAACACGUGUCGCAGGAUUCAACUGUUGCGGCUGCUCUACUCAGAAUGCAUUUUCAUGACUGCUUCGUGCGAGGUUGCGAUGGAUCAGUGUUGAUCAAUUCUACAGCGAACAAUACGGCAGAGAAAGCGGCGCUACCAAAUUUGACACUUCGUCGAUUUGACGUUAUUGAUGAUGUGAAGAGAGAGGUCGAGAAGAAUUGUUCAGGAGUAGUUUCUUGUGCUGAUAUCCUCGCUCUUGCAACCAGAGAUGCCGUAGCUAAGAUUGAUGGCCCAUCAUGGCGUGUAAGAACUGGUCGAAGAGAUGGGGUAGUAUCAAAUCAGAGCGAGGCACUUGCCAAUAUUCCGCCACCAACUUCUAACCUUUCCCAACUUCAAACAUUCUUUGCAAGAAAAGGGCUGGCUCUCAAAGACAUUGUUGUACUCUCUGGUGGGCAUACAAUUGGAAACGGGCAUUGCAAUUUCUUCAGCAACAGGCUUUACAACUUCAGUGGAAAAGGAGACAUGGACCCUGCCCUGAAUGCCUCCUAUGCCCAGCAAUUGAAGACAAAAUGCAAAAAUCUGUCAGACAAUACAACAUUUGUAGAAAUGGAUCCCAACAGCUCCCUCACCUUUGACACCAAUUAUUAUUCCAUCCUCAAUCAAAACAAAGGCCUCUUCCAGUCUGAUGCAGCACUUCUUAACAAUUCCACUUCUCGGGACUACGUUAAUCAGCAGUUGAAUAAAAAGGAAUUCUUCAAGAACUUUGAGAAAUCUAUGCGGAAACUUUCAGAAAUCCAAGUGAAGACAGGAAAUGCUGGCCAAAUCAGACGUCAAUGUGCAUUCGUAAAUUCAUGA